GAUGUCGGGGAGGGCGGGAAGAUGGCGGCCGUGGCGGCGGGCGGCCUGGUGGGGAAGGGGCGCGACAUCAGCCUGGCGGCCCUGCAGCGCCACGACCCCUAUAUCAACCGCAUCGUAGACGUGGCCAGCCAGGUGGCUCUGUACACUUUCGGCCAUCGGGCCAACGAGUGGGAGAAGACUGAUGUGGAAGGAACCUUAUUUGUUUACACAAGGUCUGCAUCUCCAAAGCAUGGAUUCACCAUUAUGAAUAGGCUGAGCAUGGAGAAUAGGACAGAACCCAUUACUAAAGACCUGGAUUUCCAGCUCCAGGACCCUUUCCUUCUCUACAGAAAUGCCAGAUUGUCCAUUUAUGGGAUUUGGUUUUAUGAUAAGGAAGAAUGCCAAAGAAUUGCAGAGCUUAUGAAAAGUAACCUAACUCAGUAUGAACAGUUGAAAGCCCAUCAGGGAGCUGGAGCAGGAAUCUCCCCAAUGAUCCUCAGUUCAGGAGAGGGCAAGGAAGUAGAUAUCUUACGAAUGCUCACCAAGGCCAAAGAUGAAUACACAAAGGUGAGUGUCUGUCUUCCCUACAAACAGAUAACCAGCUCAUCCGACUACAACAAUCCCCAUCUCAUCAAACCAAUUCCAGUGAAGCCCCGGGAAAACCAGCCACAGCGCAUACCUCAGCCCAGCCAGACCUUAGACCCUGAACCCCAACACUUGUCCUUGACGGCGCUCUUUGGGAAGCAUGACAAAGUUCGAUGUCAGGAAACUGGGGAGCCUGGACAGAUCCUCCACCAGCACCACCAGCAGCAAGACAAGCUUCCAGUUAGGCAGGGGGUUGUGCGUUCCCUGUCCUAUGAGGAGCCCAAAAGACACUCACCCCCCAUUGAGAAGCAGCUCUGCCCAGCCAUUCAGAAACUCCUGGUCCGGAGUGCAGACCUCCACCCAUUGUCAGAGCUUCCUGAAAACUGGCCCUGUGAAAAUGGCAGUACCCAUUCUGCUGGGGAAGUUUUUACUGGACCUGACCAGCCAGCGUCUCCCCAGACCACUGGCACUUCUCAUCGUGUGCACAGUGCUUCCAGAACUCAGAACUUGUUAGAAAAGCUUCACAGUGCCCCAGGAGCAGUGAAGAAGUACGACCCCAGUGCACCAGCACCUGCCAGCUCAGCUGCCCCAGGCCUCAGCUCAGCUACGACUGCUGCCACCCCUGCCGUUCGGCCACAACUGGUACACUUCAAUGGCUCCCUUCCGCCUCAAGCACUAGGAUGUCAGGCUCAUGGAAGAGAACAGCCUGCAUGCCCAAGACAGACGCUCCCCGUCCCUGGCAAUCAGGCUAGCGCUUCUGGAGUGAUCUCCCCUCACGAGUUACUGAAAAAGCUUCAGAUUGUGCAGCAGGAGCAGCAGCUGCACGCUUCUCACCGACCCGCCUUGGCAGCCAAGUUUCCUGUGGUGACUCAGAGCUCUAGACCAGGGAACCCCUUGGAGUCCUGGAUUGACAAGACAUCCAGCACAGAAAGGCAGGCCCCUCUCUUCCAGGUCCUGUCCCCCCCGCCCCUGGCUCCGACGGUGGCUCCUUCUCUGCUUAUGGCCCCCAUGGUGUUCACACAGCCCACCGGUACCCCACCAACGCAAAGGGACGGCGGGCUCCUGCCGCUGGGAAGCUGGGACCCAGCUGCCGCCUCCAGCAGCCUCCUGCUGCCUCUGCAGAGCCCGGGGCCCUCCGUACUCACCAGCAGCCCACUUACCAAGCUGCAGCUUCAGGAAGCACUUCUGUCCCUCAUUCAGAAUGAUGACAACUUCUUAAAUAUAAUCUAUGAAGCUUAUCUCUUCAGCAUGACACAAGCAGCCAUGAAAAAGACUACGUGAAAGCAAAGCAUUUUCAA